AUGGACAUUGCCCUCUUGCUGGACUAUCAUGUGUCUGACGAUUCCAGCCAGGUAGAGAUGGAUGAUGCUCGUGUCAUCAUCGAGGAGUUGCAGGCUUCCCCGGAUGAUUUCGCUGAGUUCUUGUCCUCUCCGCAGCCAAGUGCGGUCGGGGCAGAUGAAGUUGGGCAGUCGCAGUCCAGGACUGAGAUCUCUGACGCAGAACGCGAGCUGCUUGCAUGCAGGACAGAGGCAGACUUUAGGCAAUUUGCUUCACGCCGCGGCGCAACUUGCUACCAAAGCAAGCACUGGGUGGUGAAGCACGCCUGCGGCGCGCGCUCUACAAUGUCUGUCAAUCCUAACCCCAACAAGAUCCGCGAGACCGGCAUGAAAAUGAGAAAAGAGUUCCGGCGCAUUUACAACAUUUGA